UCGGGGGGCUCGUAUUGAAAAUAAGAACAAAACUCCAGAGUGAGAGUAUUAGAGCAUCAGUUUAGGAGCCUCUUUAUUUACCCUUAGUUUAGUUUAGGUGUAGGCAUUACCGAGCACGCUGAUAUUGGAUGACACUAAAUUGGAUGGUGCGCAAAUGGCAAAUGUUUUAGCUGUGCGAGAUCAGUUGUAACCCGAGAUUGGGGGGAUAUAUGUCAAAAAGUAUGCUUUUCUCAGAGGACACAGUCGCAAGGCUUUGCAUGGUGUCCGAGGCACUCACUAGUAUUUGAGUUUUCUUUUUUAUUUAUUUUACUCGUGCAGUUUUUGCAGUCUAAUUCCCCUAAAGUUGUUCGCGAAUUUUAUUGCAACGGGGAGAGCGAUAAAGGGGUUAAAGAGAGUAAAGCGGGGGAAAGUGAAUCAGUAUGGAAGAAAAUGAUCACGGCAACAGAGAUGUGGUGGAGCGGCAGGAGUCGGCGGACGAAUCAAACAGAGCCAUCCUUCCCCUCUUACAGGCGCCGGAGAACCUGCAGAUCCCUCACCGGGUCACCAAUUUUUUCAUCGACAACAUCCUGCGGCCGGAUUUCGGACGGAAAAAGGACGGUGGCGCAAACCGCGAAGAGAGUAGCCUUGCGUCGCGGGAGAGCCACAACAGCCCAACCGCCCCUCAGACCGAACCGGUGGGGAGCACUGUGCCAGCAGAAGGGACCUCCACUCCACACACGGUUACCGGGACCAAGAAGCCUGCUAUAGCCGCCGAGGAGCCCCUGAAACCCCGCGGGGAGAAUGGAGACCAGUGCCUAAGCUCAGACUCAGACAGUUCCCAAGCCAGCUCAAACCCAUCCAUGUCUCAGCCCAUGCUGUGGCCAGCCUGGGUCUACUGCACCAGAUACUCGGAUAGGCCUUCUUCAGGGCCAAGAUCUCGGAAACCAAAGAAGAAAACGACCAGCAAAGAGGACAAGCGACCACGGACGGCCUUCACAGCAGAACAGCUGCAAAGACUCAAAUCGGAGUUUCAGACAAAUCGGUAUCUGACGGAGCAGAGGCGACAGAACCUGGCGCAGGAACUGGGCCUGAACGAAUCCCAGAUCAAGAUCUGGUUUCAGAACAAGAGGGCCAAAAUCAAGAAGGCUAGCGGCGCUAAAAACUCUCUGGCCUUGCACCUGAUGGCACAGGGACUGUACAAUCACUCCACCGUCACGUCGAAAGACGAAAAAUCAGACAGCGAUUGAUUUCCAGAGAAGUAAAAGCAGCCUCCUGACGAAAAAGAACCUAUAGUAAUCCUAUUAUAGAUUUUUAUAGAGAUAUCACAGAGAAAAAAAAACUCUACUUACAGGAAUAUUUAAUGAUGCCACAGCAGAUAAAAAUACUACAAAGUACUAUUACUAUUACUCAACGCUAACUCAGUAGCCUACAGAUGUACAUCGCGUCCAGGGCACCGUUAAAAAUACAAUACUACAAAAAAAAAGUAAGAAUAAGAUCGCUACUACUUCGAGUCCCUACAGGAAUUCUAAUGCUACCAUAGGUCUCUGUAUGUUCCUAUGGGAAUAUUAUAGUGCUUUUUCGUUAUAUGGGAGGUUUAGACAAGCCUACAAUGCAAUAAUUUCACCGAAUAAAGGGCCAGUGUAUAGAGUAUACCAGCAUAAAUUGUUUGAAAAAAAGAGAGAUAUUUCUGCAAUAUCACGUCUAUAAAAGAUGUUGUAUAAAGGUAUGUUUUCAUUGUUUGUUGUCCCCCAACCCAACCCAGCCCAGCCCAAGCUCAACCCCAACAACACCCCCUGAGGUACAAACGCUUACUCCCUUCAUUUUUAUAUACCGUAUAGGAUUACUGCUACCCAUGAUUGUCAUCGUUUCACAUUUUACUAACUGGCACCUGACGUUUGGAUUUGUCAGUGAAGUGAGCAAACUUUAAGUCCAAAGAAUAUUUUUCUGCUGCAUCCAGGCUACUGUGAAUUUAAAUAAAUGCUAACGCGGUUUUUAUCUUCCAUGCUUGUUGGGUUUUUGGGGGGAGGGAGGGUUGAUUGUGUUUGAUGUAAAAUAGGCAGAAGAAGGUGUUGCGUGUCAGCUGCAAAACUAAUCGGGCAGACUCUGAAUUUUGAUACUGUUUUUUUAAAUUCACAGUUUCUUACAAGUGACCGGGAGAGGUAGGGAUUUUUUUCUCUCUAACACACCACUUAACUAAAAUGCUAAUUUAGGCCUUGCUUAUGUUUGUGGUCAUCUCAUAGCCUUUAAACAAAUAUUAUGUGCGUAUUCCAUU